CAUGAUCAUUAAUGCAACCGUGACGCUCCGAGUUGGCCCCGACUUAUGAUUUAUCGUUCUACUAUUAACAAACGUUUUUCGGCUAAAUCCAAUCCUGCAUGCUGCAGUUGAAAACUUUAGAUUCAAAACGCCCCACCAGCGCUACUGUGAUUUCCUCUUAUACCCGGACAGUGGAACCAGCCAGAUUGUCCCCUCUUCUUUGCGCUUCGUGAUAGAACCUUCGUUUUUACGUUGAUCUUGCCGUAGCUCUUAUUAGCUCUUAUUAGAAGCCCAGGCGCAUCAUAUCGAUCCCUUGCCUGCCAGCCUAGCAGCACGAUGUCUGAACAAGCAGAAGGCAGAGAGACUCGCCAGAGAACUGCUCUCGAGGAGUAUGAACAAUCUGGCGAGGGCCGACCCCCUUUCAUUCUGACAUAUACCGAGGUCAAGCUCCUGGGCAUUGCUGGGGUUGGCUUUUUCUUAGAUGCUUAUGACUUGUUCAUUAUCAAUCCCGUAUCUACCAUGCUGCAGUUUAGGCUGUACGGAAGCGGAACCAUGCCCUCCAACCUGCAAGGUUUAUUGAAAGCCGCUGCCAACAUCGGAAGUGUGAUCGGCCAGUUCCUGUUCGGCUACUGUGCUGAUGCCUUCGGGAGAAAGGCAAUCUACGGAAAAGAGCUUAUGCUCAUCAUCAUUGCGACUAUCCUCUGCAUUUCUACACCUACAGGCACGCUCUCCCCAACCGGGUGCCUGAUCUACUUGACCAUGUUCCGUAUCCUGCUUGGCGUGGGUGUCGGCGGCGACUACCCCAUGUCGGCUUCCGUGACAAGUGACCGUGCCGUGCUCCGUAAGCGUGGAACCAUGCUCGCAUACAUCUUCGCCAACCAGGGAUGGGGCAGCUUCAUGGGGUCGCUGAUGAAUAUCAUCGUUCUGGCAUGCUACAAGCACGUCAUGAAUGAUGAAAAUGAGACAUCCAAGGUCGACGGAGUGUGGAGGAUCAUCGUUGGAUUGUCGCUCAUUCCAGCUUUUGGGACACUCUACCAGCGCUUGACACUCCCCGAAUCCACGCGUUUUAAGAAGUCGCAGGAUGCAGAAUUAGUUGAAGAGGGUGACUUGAAGAAAGAGACGUUGGUGGUCGAAGCUCAUGUUCAUGCUACCGGAUCGGAAGGAAGUGUCGAUGAGAAACGUUCUACUGUGCCUGCACACAAGAAGGCUCAUUUCCGAGAUGUUUUUCAGUACUUCUCCGAAUGGAGACACCUCAAGAUACUCAUCGGAACUUGCUCGUGCUGGUUUCUACUAGACAUUGCCUUCUACGGCAUUAAUUUGAACACGAAUGUAGUGCUCACUGAGAUAGGUUACGCCGGGGGAUCGGGCACGCCCUGGGAGAAGCUCUUCAAGGUCGCUACAGGAAACAUCAUCAUCACCGCACUAGGAUUUGUGCCAGGCUACUACGUGACUGUGCUCACCAUCGAGAAACUCGGCCGCAAGACCAUUCAAAUCAUGGGAUUCCUGAUGGAAGCUCUGUUCCUGGGCAUCUUGGCUGGGAAAUUCCAUACCUUGAGCACUGCAGCAUUCAUAGUAAAUUUCACGCUUCUCCAGUUCUUUUUCAAUUUCGGAGCCAAUGCUACCACUUACUGCUAUCCCGCUGAGGUAUUCCCCACUCGCUACCGAGCUUUUGCGCACGGCAUGUCCGCGGCAUGCGGGAAAUCAGGAGCAAUCAUAUCUGCACUCGUAUUUAACUCCCUCACAACCUCGAUCGGGACACCUGCUGUGCUUUGGAUCUUCGUCGGUUGCUCACUUCUCGGUGCUGGUAUGAAAAACUAUGAUUUCCUUUCGGGAACGUAUUGUCUGACGAGCUGGUUUGCAGCUUUCACGUUCCUUUUGCCUGAAGUUGCUGGUCGUGACCCAGAUGCGAUCCUCGCAGAGGAGCUGAGAGAGCGACAGUAG